GAUGGCGCUUGUCAACUGAAAACUUUGACGUGUCUAACUUUUGUUGCGGUCGUAUUAAACACUCCAAAAGCACCGCUAGACAUAAGAUAAAACCAUGUAGCUGUUAGCUGCCUGCGCUAACUACUGACCGGUAAUAAUGAGCCGCUUUUAGCCAAGUUAGCAACUUUCAACAAGUUAGCUGAAGUUGUUAUUUGCCGUGGUACCGUAGAGUAAGUGGUUAAAGUGCGUGUUUGAUGUGGAUAUGUGCGCUUUUCGCCGUUACUGUGUCGGCCACAGGCUGUUAGCUGCUUUGACGCGGCUGGAGGAGGCUAAUGGAGAAGCUAACAUGCGCUCCUCGGUGCGCUGGCUGGGCUCCGUGUGCGGACUCAAUCUGCUGCUCGGCCUCUGUCUGGGGCUGAACGCCCACUGGGAGCGCACCGCGCAGCCCGGCUUCCUCAUCGUUUUGGUUUUGAGCCUGUUUGCCCUCGGAGCAGCGGCUGGACUGUACUACUAUUUCAGCCUGAACCUCCUCCCUCUGUGGUUCGGGUUUGUGCUCGGUCUGCUUUGUUUCUCCAACAGCGCUGCCCUAGCGGCCGACGUCAAGGAGCAAGUAGCUAACUAUCUACUGUUGGCCAGCGCCACACUGAGGACGCUGUGGGCUCUGCUGGACAGACUUUGCGGGUGUACGAGAUACCGUCCCGUCUUCCUGACGUCAGCGGAAUGCCAGCAGCUGACGGGUUUCGCUGUUUCCAGCAUCUCUCUGGUCUUCCACAAGUCCCUGAGUGUGAUGGUGCUGAUGGUGGCGCUGGCUGUGUUGAUCGUCGCCCUCAGGGUGAAGGCUCUGUUGGCUCUGCCCAACUUGAUUUGCUUCGCUGUCAUCACUGCUGUGUUGUUCUUCGACUCUCUCGACAUAAGCACCAAUCCUUUUGCCCUGGGCUGCUUCUUCACGCAGCUGAUCGGUGACCCUCUGCUGGAUGUGUACUUCAGCGGCCUGUCUGUGAUCGAACGCUGGCAGCCGGUCCUGCUGCGGCGGGGCUUUUGGCGGCGGCUCUUCGUUCUUCCUGUGUUGCUGGUGGAGGUGACGUUCACCAUCCUGAGCACUCGUAAGAUGACAGACUUUGAGAGGUGGUACCUGACCAUCCCAACCAUUGUGCUGUGUUUGAUCUUCUGGGCUAUUUGUCAUAUGGUGUUUAUAAUCACUCUGUGUGGCUUUCACACCAAGCUCAGUGACUGCCAGAGGGUCUGUUUGUCCCAGGGGUCAGGGUUCAACAACCUGGACAAGAUCAUGGCUUCUAAGGGCAUGAGACAUUUCUGCCUCAUUUCUGAACGUCUUGUGCUCUUCACACUGAUGUCAACUAUAAUAGUCGCUGCCCUUUCAUGGCAGGCCCACAGCAGUAUCUUUGUCAGCCUGUUUCUGCUCGUCCUGCCCCUGGAGUGUCUCUUUCAUGGACUUUUCUAUGAGCUGGGAAACAGCCUGGGAGGAACCUGUGUGGGCUACGCAAUGGUCAUCCCCACCAACUACUGCAGUCCUGACGGCCAGCCUAUAUUGCUGCCUCCAGAUCAAGUACAGGAGCUAAGCAUGCGUGCUACGGGCAUGUUGAGCAGCGUGCAGCGGUUCUUCGCCCACCACCUGAUUGAGACUUUUGGCUGUGACUAUUCCACCAGUGGGGUGACCCUGGAGGCUCUGCAGGCAAAGAUGAAAUCCUUCUUGGAGCUCCGCACUGCAGACGGACCUCGCCACGACACCUACAUCAUCUUCUAUAGUGGCCACACCCACCGCACAGGAGAGUGGGCGCUAGCAGGUGGCGAAACUGUGCACCUGGAGCAAAUCGUGGAUUGGUGGAGGGAAAAGAACGGCAGCUUCUGUUCACGCCUCAUUCUGGUGCUCGACUGCGAUAACUCGUUGCCAUGGGUGAAGGCGGUCAGGAAGGUGAAGGGUCUGCAUGUGGCUGUGCAAGGGGCGGAACUUGCUCGAAUGACAGAUGUGGAGGACCUGCCCCAGCUUGGAGAUUUCAUUUCUCAGUGGGUGGAGUUCAACUGCCACUCAAACAGCGGCAUCCAGUGGCCUGUGAGGGGUGGAGCGGUUUCUGCCGCUUACGGUGUCUCCAAACACUGGAGCGACUACUCGCUGCACCUGCCCACAGACAGUGACAUCACAGAGCACUGGAAGGUUUACUUCCCGUGGGUGACCUACCCAGUGGUGCAAGUGGCGCAGGGAAGCAGCAGCGUCAGCGUGCUGUGGCUGUGUGGUGCCUGGCUGCGAUGUCUGAAGAGGAUCAAACUGAACUGGUUUCCACCAGCCAUCUUGGACACAGGUCAAGGUUUUAAACUGGUCAGAUCGUAAAGCCAAACGUGUUUUCAAGAACAGACCUGAGUUCCUCUGGAGCCGGAACACAGGCAGCUGUCAGAUUAUGAACUCGUAGCCUUACUGAAACUGAAUGUGUCAUUCAGUAACAUCUUCGUUUUUAUAUUGUACGUAGCAGUGUGCGUGAUCUGACAGAAUUUUUUUAACUUACCGCUAGCUUUGAUUGCACCUUGAAUUUAUUCACAAUGGUUACAUUGUGCCUUUGUAAACUCGCCAAAGAAAAUCCAGCGCUCCGUGUGAGUCAUUUAGACACCAAAAUGUUCUCAGUACUGAAUAGCUUAGGAAUUUUUUCCUUCGUGGACUUCCCUUUGUGAAUCUCGCACGCGUUAUUGAAAAUGCAGAAGAUAAGUCACUCAUGGGUCAUUAGGCCACUGGACAGAGGUGUCUGUUGAUGGUCUUUACAAGAGAAUGAAGGUCGCAGUCUUUAGGCUCCUCGUGAUUCCUGUGUGGUUGUGAGAAUUCACCCUAACUAGUGACCUAAGGUGAAGACUGGAUGUGUUUGGUACUAACCCUAAGCCCUUUGGUUGGACUGUGAGGGAGCAUCAGAUACAUUUUGAACAAGCAGUGUGGUUCUUUGGGAAUGAUCCAACACUCAGGUGCCUGACUGUUGAGGACCCCAGCAACUGGGGGUCAGACUGAGGACACGCCUACACAUCACCUGACUGUGCCUGAUAGAAAAGUGAGGAUGGACCAGUUGCCUGUCUGGCUCAUUGCUAUUCAGGAUUUAAGAUGGUUCUGUGGUGUUGUAGAUGUGGCGACAGCAGCGCACACUCCCAGACUUAACUUGUUGGAAGUUUGUGUCAUGGACAUGUUUUCAACAUCAUUACUGUAUUUUGACAAAAGCGACGUGGUUUUGCUGUUGGUUUGAUCUCUUUGAGUUUACCUUAACUACAGACGGGUACUGGCGUAUGACAGUCUUGUAGUUUGUCAACAUUUUUAAAACCUUUCCUGAAGUGCACCUGUUCCAACAGUGGUGCUGUGUCUAUGUGCAAAUAACCACACAGGUGAGGGCUGAACUAAUUUGAAUCAGUUUUGUGUAUGUGUGCAUGCAUGUUCUCCAGAUUAUUUAAUCUGCAAUGUCUUCAGUUCUGGUUGGAUACACUCCAUGCACAUGUUGUGAUCUUUGUUCUUUCAGGGGUGAAAACUAUCAGGUAUUAUAUUGAACUAUGCAAUAAAGCAGAUGUGUAACUGCA